GGUCUCUUCUCCCCAAUUGCCACCGGAAUUUCUAGACGCGUCCAAAAUCCUCCCGGCGGCUGGGCUUCUCGCCGUCCGUCGCCGCCGGGCGACGCGUGCACGGACGCUGUCGCCGAGGCCCGCACGGGCACCGAGGCUCUCCUCCUCUGCAGACAGCGUUUGCCUUUGCGGCUGGGCGAUGGAUUUGGGGACGGAGAAUCGCCUUGCGGCGUUGCUCCUCGAGGAGGCCCGGAGGCUGCGGAUGCAGGCGGAGAAGGAAGGGGUGCACGCCUAUCUGCAGAAACCUAAUGUGAGGCACCGCCCCAACUCGCGGUUCCUUGCCGCCACCGUUCUUGGCGUUCAGCAAGCAAAUCGAGUUGUGGAGGUUAAUGAGAUGUGGCGUGCCAGGGAGAAGGAACUGGAGCUGGAAUCAAAGAUGAAAACCAGAACCAAUGGUCGAAUUGACUCGAGAUCCCACAAACGGAAGAACGACUCAAGAGACCAGAGCCCUGUCUCUAAGACCCAGCGAGACAGACCGUAUGGCGCAUCAUUUUCGUCGAGGGAUUCACAUAGCAGUUCUUAUUCGGACUGGGAGGAUGGGCUAGGCGAUGAUGAAAUCGAAGAGUUUCUUCGAUCAAGGGUGAAGCGCGGACGAGGAGCCAUUGGUUCUAGAAUGGAUGAGCCUGGCCCAUACCUCAAGCCUCCAUCCGGUGGGCAAGACAAUUCAAUAAGUCCGGAUGCACGAGUGAAAGAAGAACGGAAGCGCCAAGUUUAUGGCCCAGAGAAGCCACUAUUUUUGAGAUCUAAGUCCUCAGACGAGGAGCCAUCCACCUCGAAGCACAAGCACAUUAAAGAAGAAAAGAACAAUAGCAGCAACCGCGAGAGAAAGGAGGAGAACAGGAGGUCCAAACAUCACCAUCGUGAACAUAAAAGCCGUAAGUAGGGAGUGAUGGCUGAUGAUUAAUCGGAACGUGGACAAAAGAUGAAACUGAAGCCUACAAAUGAAGACCCGGCGAUCAAGCCCAGGGGAUGCGUGGUGCCUCCGCUUGCUGUUGGCUUGGCAACUGCAGUAGAACAGAUGACUGAGUUUAUUAGCAGCUGAAAUUCAGUUAAGUUUCCUCUAAAAAAAAGAAUAAAGUCAGUUAAAUUUGAGAUGGUUUCAGAAGAGAGGUUCGGGCUACCAAUUGAAAGAACAUCUCUGCCAGUCAUUAUGUUGGUUUCAUGUGUAGAUUAUUUCCCAGUGUUUUAAGGCAGUAAUUUUUAAAGUUAUUCUAGCGAGACUAGAAAUUUGUAAGGUUCUCUACUUCUGAUCAUCCUAGACAGCACUAAGAUUGUUGUCUGAACUCAAAUUACCUGUAGAAGCAGCAGUUCCCGUGGAUGCUGAAGAAGCGGCUGUGCUACCUGCAGUUGCAGCAUCUGCAAAGAGAGUGAAAAUCAGCAGUGCUCAGCACGCUGUUGUACAAAUCAAUCUAAUUAUGGCAUGAUUAAUCUUAUCGGUUGUGAUCAAAUCAGAUCAUCGUUGAAGAGA